AUGGCUGCGAGUGUGGUGACUGAAGUUCGAACUUGUCGAGUCAAGCCGUUUCCGCCUGUUUCGCAUAAUACAUCGAUGGAUUUAUACUUCUCGGACAUCGCUCCGGAAAUGAAGCGAGAGAUUUUUUGUGCCAUUCGCUUUUUGAUGCAGUUGGUGACAAAGAAUCCGAACGCCUAUCUGAUUUCCGAGCCUCAGAUCAAGAUGUUCGAAGUCAAAAUGGCCAACUUGCUCGAGCAUAAAUACGGAGGUCACUGGUUCCCGACUAUUCCGAGCAGAGGUUCAGCGUAUCGGUGCAUCCGUAUCAACGGGCUCCUCGAUCCUCUCGUUUCGGAGGCUGGUGAGCUUUCCGGAGUUCCAAAUCAUGUGCUUCAGCGCGUGUUACCGGCUGACCUAACAUUGUGGAUCGAUCCGAACGAAGUCUCGUAUCGUAUUGGCGAAUCCGGCUCGAUAUGCCAUUUGAUGUCUCCUCAAAUUUACGGUGAUGAGAACAUGCUCGAUCCCUUCGAGGGAUACAAGUCUCCUGGCUUGCAUACUCCGAGGAAUCGCGCUUCGCCGAUCUUGGACCACGGUAUGCGUUUCUCCAAACGCACUCCUCCGGCGUCUCCCGUUGGAUCUCCUUACAACUAUGUGACCAAAUCAAAGAUGCCUGCCCUUGCACAGAAACUGGAGUUCGCGCAGAAUGCUAAAAACAUUAAUCACCUGUGCCCCUUGACCGCCUAUUUUUGUUAGGUGUUUCGUCCGCGGCAUUCAUGCAUAACAAACGGGACUGUUUUGCUGGAGAAGAUUAUCACAUUUCGCCAUUUUCGGAUUUUUUUAAGGUCGGUCUGAUUUAAACUUGGAGAAUCCUGCUGCAUAAUUGCCAAAAUGGCUGUGGAAACCUUAGCAAGUAGCAAACUUUUGAUGGGAGAAGCAUGGGCUACGGAGGUGGUUUAUUGAACUGAGUUCAAAAUGUCAAGGAGCCAUAUACACUUUAGUUGAUAUGAUCUCGCAGUGCUUCUUCCAGCCAAAAGGCCUUGCAAUAGUACAAGUAUGUCGAAGGAUUUUUCCGAGUUUGCUAUUUCUUUUUUCUUCAGCAGCUUUGCUUGUCGGAACGCCUUGUUUGAAGCCAAUUUUGUUCUUCCCCAUCUUUGUUAGAUUUCAGUUUAGUCAUGUCUCGCUUUCCUACCAUUCCAUAAGAGGCUUUCGACUCAGGGAAGCGUUCGACUCGCAAGCUGUGUGUGAAUGCGGGGAUUUAUCCUCAUAGUCACAUGCUUUUGUAUUUUUUGUUUUGUUUUUGUGGACAGAUCGCUCAUCUUCUCCGCGAAGGUAGGACUGUCUUCCCCAUUCUUUGUCAACCUUUUGUCGUUAAAUGGACCCAGUAUUAAAGAGUAAAUUCAAAAAUAAGGUGACUUCGUCAAGCUACAUCUGGUGUAUAGCUUGAUUUGUAGGUUGCUUGGCAUUCACCAUAAUCUGUUUCCUCCGACGAGCCGUUUUGAUGUUUUGGGUAGGGUUAGGCAUUGUGAUACUUAAUCUUCUUUGAGUUUAGUGCUUUUGAUAACCAUGCGGAGCCAGUUCGGAUUUCAUGAACAGCAUUUGUGAUAUGAUUAUAUCUGGUUUCCUGUUUGGGGGGAGGGGAUUCUUGAUGUUUGUGGAUGAAGUCUCCAGUUGUGAUCAUUUUCUAGAUGUUCAAUAAUUUGGCUCAUGUGGAUUCCCGCCCGGAAAUCCUUGGAGGAAACGAUUAUAAGUAUUCUUGAUCGUAGAAUGAGGGAGACAGUCAGGACUUCGACUAAUUUAAGUUUUGUGUGGAGUUUACGACAGACAGAUCAUCCAUUUAUUCUAGAAGGAAUUUCUUUUGAAAUUUUUUCCUUCUGUGGCAAUGCCCUCAUUUCCUGCACCUCAGACGACCCCGAACACAAGUUUGUUCUGUUCUACGGAAGUACUUUUUGAUUUUGUUUUAUUCGACAGCGAAUGACGUUAAAUAUGAUGUCAUUCAGAACGAUUUUUUCGUGUUCUAGUUGUAUCUGUAGUUUCCUCUUUCGCUGUUCUGUGGUUUUGUCAAGUCCUGUGAUAGUUGUUCCGUUCUUGGUUGCGUUGUGACCAGAAUGGUAAAAAAGAAUGUGACUUUCUGAGGCAGUGGACACCGCUUCACAAAUAUUUAAGCUGUGCUCUUUUAAAACUUCCGCGGACUUUGCAAUUUGUGUACAAUGUUAAAUCUGGGCAGAAAACUUGCGUAUGGUGACUUCCACACAGUCGAAGUGAUUUGAAGAAGACUACAUGCUUUCUGGGAUGUACGUACAGAAGGGUGUGACCCUGUGGCUCAUCUGACUGUUCCAACCGGGAAGCAUUUGUGGAUGAAUUAUUCCAGUUCAUAGGGAAAGUCCCAUGUGCGGCGUGAUUUGUAGGGGAAGUGGGAGUUCACUUUUUUUUUAUUUGUAAAAGACAAUUUGAAGUGAUCCCUAAUAAAAUUUAUUCUACGAUCGGAA